CGCCGCGCCGGGCGGUCAUGAGCCCUGCGGCCGCCGCCGUCCCCGCUCCGCGGGCAGACGCGCUGCCCCGACUGCCCCCGCGCCGCCCGCGGUGAAGCGGCCGCGGGAGGAGGCGGCGGCGGGGAGCGGCGCGGCUGGGGGCGGGCUGUGUUUCCCUGCGAGAGGUGUAUCCUUCCGCGGCGGCGGGAGUACGCGGCGGCGGGUGUCCGCGGUGUCCCUCCGCCGCCGGGAGCGCAGGGGCACUCGGCGUCUCCCCGGACGGGGCGAGGAGGUCGCGGGCUCCGCCGGGAGGAACAAGAAACUUCGGAGCGCGGCGGCCAGCGCGGCGCUCGCCUGGCUCGGCAGGGCGGCGGAACGAGGGCUCCCCGCAGGGAAAGAGGAGAAGGACGAGGAAGCGGCGGCCGGUCCGCGCCGCCACCCCGCGGGGUCUCUGCGGGGGAGCCCGGGGGACUCUUUCUCGUGGGGCGCGGCGGAGGGAUCUCCAGGCGGCUCUCCCCGCCGCCUCCCCCCUGCGCCGCUCGCCCCUCGGCGCCGCCAUCUUGGAUUUUAAUCCGCCAUUUUUUUCCUCCCCCCACUUGGAAUUAUUUUUUAUCACUAUAGCCGCUUUUUUUUUUUCUCCCCUCUUCCUUAGUUUUUCUCCCCACUCCGCCCCUCCCUGGCUCGGUCUUCACUUUCCCCCUUUCAGCUUCCUCCCUUCCCCCUCCCCCCCCUCCCGCACCCUUGCCUUUGAUGAUUCAUUUUCCCCCGGUGGCAGCGGGGGCAGCGCCGGCGGCGGGGGACCCCAGCGCGGGGCGUAAGAAUUGGAACUGAAUUUCUUCAUCCGCUUCUCCACGCCUUUUGAAAAGUGACUAAAUGCAACUGAGUCAGAUUGUCUGUGGGUAUGAAGUGGCUGGGAGAAUCCAAGAACAUGGUAGUGAAUGGCCGGAGAAGUGGAAGCAAGUCGUCUAAUGACCACGCACAGACCAAAUUGCAGCAUGCAGGAAGGGAGAAUCCAAAGACGGGCAAAAAUGGAGUUGAGAGAAGAUCAAGCAGAUGUAGUGGUGCUUCAGGAUUUGAGGGACAAAGUCGUUAUGUGCCUUCCUCUGGAAUGUCUGCCAAGGAACUCUGUGAAAAUGAUGACCUAGCAACUAGUUUGGUUCUUGAUCCCUAUUUAGGUUUUCAGACACACAAAAUGAAUACUAGAUUUCGACCUAUUAAAGGAAGGCAAGAAGAACUCAAAGAGGUGAUUGAACGUUUUAAGAAAGAUGAGCACUUAGAAAAAGCCUUCAAGUCCUUGACGUCAGGUGACUGGGCCCGGCACUAUUUUCUUAACAAGAACAAAAUGCAGGAAAGGUUAUUCAAGGAACAUGUGUUUAUUUAUUUACGAAUGUUUGCAACUGACAGUGGGUUUGAGAUACUGCCUUGUAAUCGGUAUUCUUCUGAGCAAAAUGGAGCCAAAAUCGUUGCAACAAAAGAAUGGAAACGAAAUGAUAAAAUAGAAUUACUUGUGGGCUGUAUUGCUGAACUAUCAGAAAUGGAAGAAAACAUGCUGCUGAGACAUGGGGAAAAUGACUUCAGUGUCAUGUAUUCCACACGAAAAAACUGUGCACAACUAUGGCUUGGUCCUGCUGCAUUUAUCAAUCAUGAUUGCAGACCUAACUGUAAGUUCGUAUCAACAGGCAGAGAUACAGCAUGUGUGAAAGCUCUAAGAGAUAUUGAACCUGGAGAAGAAAUCUCUUGUUACUACGGAGAUGGGUUUUUUGGAGAAAACAAUGAAUACUGCGAAUGUUAUACCUGUGAAAGACGUGGAACUGGUGCUUUUAAAUCAAGAGUGGGAUUGCCAGCACCUACUCCUGUGAUUAACAGUAAAUAUGGACUGAGGGAAACAGACAAACGAUUGAACAGACUUAAGAAGCUGGGAGACAGCAGCAAGAAUUCAGACAGCCAGUCUGUCAGCUCUAACACUGAUGCAGAUACAGCUCAGGAAAAAGGUAAUGCAACUAACAGAAAAUCUUCAAUUGGCAUAAAAAAGAACAGCAAAAAUAGAACAUUAACCAGACAGUCUAUAUCAAGAAUUCCAGCAUCAUCAAACUCUACCUCAUCUAAACUAACUCAUAUAAAUAAUUCCAGGGUACCAAAGAGACUGAAAAAGCCUGCAAAGCCUUUACUUUCAAAGAUAAAGUUGAGAAAUCAGUGCAAAAGGCCAGAGCAAAAGAAUGCUUCUCGAAAGCUUGAAAUGGGAAAUUUAGUUCUCAAAGAGCCUAAAGUAGUUUUGUAUAAAAACUUGCCCAUUAAAAAGGAUAAAGAAUUGGAGGGACCAGUCAAAGUUGCAGUCUCUAGCGGAUGCUUGACGAGGCAUGCAGCGAGAGAACACAAACUGAAUUCUGUGAAAGGUGCUUAUGAGCAGGGUGAUAUUGCACCCUGCACCUACAUCACGAGGAGGUCGAUGAGAACGAGGAUGAGUUUGAAGGAGACCUCUGACACAAAGCUUGAACCAAAUACAUUGGAUAGCUAUAAGAGUAACUUGACUGGAACACAAUCGGACAUUGCAGAGCAGCAGUCUCGUGCGUUAAACGACAGCGAUGCGGCUCACGGACCAUCACAUAAAGGAGAGGGUCGGUGCCAGAAAAGUGAUGCAGGCACAUCAAAAAAGAAAUCUCGACAAGGAAAGCUUGUGAAACCAUCUUCAAAAACAGAGGAAACUGAUACUAUGCACAACACGCCUAUGAAGGAUGAAGUACCAGAUUUAAUUAGUUCUCAUUCAGAACUCGAAGAGAGGAAUAACGUGGUGGACACACCUGUUGGGUUCAAAGACUGUAUCCCUGGAUCUGGUGGCUGCUCUGUAACAACUGACAAUUUUAAAGCAAAAGACAGCUUUAGAACUGCAAAAAGUAAAAAGAAAAGACGAAUCACAAGGUAUGAUGCACAACUUAUCCUUGAAAAUAGCUCUGGGAUCCCUAAACUGACUCUUCGUAGGCGCCAUGAUAGCAGCAGCAAGGCAAAUGAUCAAGAGUGUGAUGGAAUGAAUUCUUCAAAAAUAAGCAUAAAAUUAAGUAAAGACCAUGAAAAAGAUAACAAUUUAUAUGUAGCAAAGCUAAAUAAUGGGUUUAACUCAGGAUCAGGCAAUAGUUCAACAAAAUUAAAAAUACAGCUAAAACGAGAGGACGAAAACAGAGGCACAUACCCAGAGGACCUUCAUGAAAAUGGUGUGUGUUGUAGUGAAACUCUCUCCCUUUUGGAGUCAAGAAUGGAAGUAGAUGAUUAUGGUCACUAUGAAGAGGAAACAGCAGAUGAAUCUUCAUCAGAAGAGGACGAUGAAGAGGAAGAUGACUAUGAUGAUGAAUUUGAUGACUUUAUUCCUCUUCCUCCAGCGAAGAGAUUAAGGCUUAUUGUUGGCAAGGAUUCAAUAGAUAUUGAUAUUUCUUCCAGGAGGAGAGAAGAUCAGUCUUUAAGGCUCAAUGCAUAAGCUUAUAGGUCUUAAACUGACCUGGAUGUCAUUUCUAAAAAAAAUUUUAAAAUAAUAAAAAAAAAAAUAAUAGAAAACCCAACAAAAAUUCCAUUUGAAUAUUCCUCAACUCAAGAACUUUCUGAAAAACUUAGUGGCAGCACUUCUUUAUUCACCUAUCAACGUAAUAUUGUAGAAAGUGUACAGCAUACUGACUCUUCUUAAGUCUGAUUUGUGCAGAUUUUUAUUGUACUUUUUAAUAGCCUUCUUAUGUGCAAUUCCAAGUUAGAGGUAAUGCUCUGUUGUAAAAUAAAGGCUCAAGCAAAGUUACGAAAUUGCAUCAGAUCUUUCCAUGCAGGACAAUGAGAAUACAGUGUGGCUACAGAAUUAUUUUUGAUCAGUAGGAGCGUUAGUUUGCUCUUACAAUAUUUGACUAAACAAUUUACAAAAUCAUAGUAGCAGCAUAUUAAGGUUUUCUAGUAUAUGUUAACAUCACCAGCAAUGAUCUACAGCUUUCCAAUUUAUUUGCUAGAUGGUUUUUCCCCCCUUGGAGUUUGUCAGUUUUAACACUGUAUGCUGUCCCAGACGUACUGUUUGUGGCCUUUGUUAUAGUAGCAAACCGUUGGUUGGAAGUCAAAUUGAUUUCUUUAAAAAAAGAGAAAAAAAAUAUGAAAAGGUGUUGACAAUUUGCUGACUUUUUAGUACAUUAUAUGUACAAGGGUAGCAGUAUGCAGAAUAAAGUUUGGAUAUGGUGUAUUUAUUGCUUGUUACGUAAAUUAAACACCUUGUAUUUAACACUUUUCAAUACUUUUAGAUAAAAUUGUUCUUUGCAAGAAUGAUUGGUGCUUAUUUUUUCAAGAAUUUGCUGUGAAAUAAUGUGAUUACGACGGGCAACAUUUAUCCAAUGAACUGCAGCUAUCCUAAAUUGGUUCUUCAUAUUUUUCUGUUGCACUUGUAAAAUGCUACAAGGAAUUUAAAGAAAAAUCUAUUCACUUUAACUUAUGAUAGUUUUAUCAAAUUAAAAACAACUAAGUCACAGCUUUUGUUCUGUGGUAACCUAAGAAUUGUUUGUCUUUUAAGAACCAGUUGUAAAAGAAUGAAAAAAUAUGUAUAUGUUGUAAAUAUUUGUGUGUUGUGAGAAAUUUUGUCAUAAGAAAUUGAGAUAACUUGCCAGAAAGGUUUUUAAGUUUAGAAAUACAUCCAUGCCAAUAAAAUAGGAAACUGUAAACCUAGUUUUAAACUCUGCAUCAGUUGGAGUUCUUUGCUCAUACAUAAUUCACUUAAUACUUCAGAGUCUGCUUUAUAACAAUGAAGAGCAUCAGGGCGAUCUUUGGCUCUUUGGUUUUUAAUAAAAGAAUGUUAGGAAA